UCAGUGCCCGAGGCAUCACGGGCGACGGUGCGCGUCUGGUCUUGGAUCUCCAAUUCUGAGUUGUCUCUCGGGCAGCCAGUGGGUCUCUUCUUGGUCACCUAUGAAGCCUAAAACAGUUACGUGUUAAUAUAAACAAUGAAGACGUUUAACAAUAUUUGAGAAUCUCAUAUGUUAUAAGCAGUCAGUGACAGAGUGAUAGCGACCAAAGUCUAAGUAAAGAGGUGAGGUGAACGACGUGAAGUUGAUCAUACACUAGAGAAACUGGUGACGUGCAGACGAGGAGCAAGUGGGUGAUGGUGGUGGCGGCCGUCGGGCCGUGGUGGGGUGUGGGCAGACCGCCGCGUGCCCCAUGACGGUGAAGCCCAUGCCUAUCAGCGGCCAGAGACGCCCUGCCCGUCCCGCGCCCUCAACCUGCCCCCCGCCGCCAUGCUGAAGCAGCACGGGGGGACAGACGCCGCGAUGUGCGUCCCAGACGAUCGUCCGCGUAAGAAACUUUCUUUCCGUGAGCCAGAAGUGGUUACUUCCUCCAGGAAUGGUGGACACGCUGCUACUCUCUCAACACCAAGGCACGGUUCCACAUUCAGCCCUCCACCACCACCAUCAACACCCACCCAGACAGACACUUGGCCGCCCGCACAGUAUAGCUGGCAUCGUAGGCUUGGGUGGCUUCAGUGCCCUGGGUGGCGUCCCAGGUCUAGCCAACCUAACUACCGUGCCUGGCACUCAGUGUGUCACUUCGCCUGGAACAGUGUCUGGUGUAACUACGAUGCUGGGCAACCCAGGUCUCCUUGGUCCCACCUCUGUACCAGGCAUUUUGGCUGGGCCCGCAACACCCAUAUUAACCCCACCCACAAGCCCCACCCACACAGCCUCUAGCCAGCUCGCCACACCCCCGGUUGAAGCGGGGCCCAGCAGCCAGCCGUCAGCACUCACCAGUAAGACAGUGCCCACUCAGCCCUCCACACCCUCAGGAAAGGUGGGCUCAUCUCAGGUGACUGCAUCCUCAUUAAAAGUUGUCGGUCAGGCGUCAGCAUCAGCAGUCAAGAUGUCUACCAGUCAGCAACCUGCCACUCCCACUCAUAAGUCGGGUACAGCCACAACAAGAGUAUCCGUCACCCAACAAACUAAGGGCGGGUCAUCCCAGCCAUUCACACCGUCUGGGAAGUCCCUUCCACCAAGUGGAGAAACCACAGGUCACGCAAAGCCAACCAAACCCGCUUCUCGGAACAGCUCAUUGAAAAAACAAAGGUCAUCUCCAGUGCAGCAAGCAGUGACCUUCCUGAUGGAACGAGGGGUGGUGAACGGCCGCCCCCGCAGUCAUCACAGUGAGACAGCAGUUGCGGUCAGCCUCGAGGACAUCGACCUAGAGAGUCAGGCGAUGAGGGUUGUCAGAACAGUAGGUCAAGCGUUCGAGGUAUGUCACAAGAUCUCGGUAAAGGACACCCUCCGUCCCCAGAACCUGCCGAGGACGAGGCCAGUGAGCACGGCUCAGACGCCUCAACAGAAAAACUCAAGAAAGAUCUCUUGGACACCGAGAGCACCCAGGAGGACCUAGUUACCCUUACACCUUCAGACUCGGUCAAUGAAGACUCCAUUGAACACUUAAUUCAGCGGCCCAAUAAACUGGAACCUCUUGCACCUCCUGUUGGUUCAGACAUUCUCUCAAAGGGUGGUGGCGAGACAUAUGCCUCUCCACUCAGUGAGCCUUUGCCUCCGGGUGACACACUACCUAUGGCAGGCACUCCUCUCUCUGUACAUCAUGAAUUACAACUGCUACGAGAACAGCUUGAACAGCAGCAGCAGCAGACACAGGCAGCAGUGUCUCAGGUCCACCUUUGCAGAGACCAACUGGCUGCAGAGACAGCAGCACGACUGGAAGCUCAGGCUCGUACUCAUCAACUUUUGGUUCACAAUAAGGAACUAUUAGAGCAUAUUCAAGCAUUGGUCCUUCAAGUUCGUGAUCUUGAGUUGAAGUUGUCAGGAAGUGGGGGCAUCGCGGGAACCACACAUUUACUCCCAACACCACCAGAGAUAAAAUCGCAGCUCUUGGUGACCGAUGCCGGCUUUGGCCACAGUAGCCAGUUAGCGGCAGCGUUGGAUCUUGGAGGUCCGGCAUCCCUCGUGUACUGCUCCUCUGAACCCCCACCUACACCCUCGCCUAGUAUAGCUCAACAUGCCUUCUUUUUCCCAUCACCUUCAUCCCCAACCAAUUCUGCAACCUCCCUCUUAGGGGCUCGUCAGCCUCCUAUUGGAUCCCUACAAGAAUCCAGCUCUGUUUCUCACUCUCGUGAACCCUCGCCCCGUACAGCAAGGAUGGGGCCAUUAAUACACCCUUUACCUGUAUGGGGAAGUGAGGGAAAUAGUGCUAGGGAAGUAACCCUGGCUGUGCCCCAACAGGAACCUCUCAUGAAUCCUAGGCUGCAAGGAGUACCUCGUCCCCGGGUAGGUCAACGCUAUGAUGAGUGCAGUAGUACACCUUCCCUCAGCAGCGAGAGUGACCCCAAGCGAGACAGUAGUGGCCAGUCUUCAGGGGAAAGUGUCACACAAGCCGUUGCACAACUCUACGCCAUGGAAUCUCAACGCUUGGCGCAAGUGCCAGAAGAUGCUGUUUCUCUUGGUCCAUAUGGGCCCACACCCCUUGGUACACUCCGCAACCUAAAUGGACCCAUCACUCGUACUGCCAGUGAGCGAGUCUCCAGGCAGGAGACAUUGGCUCAGCUGCAACGUAUGGCUUGGGCUAGACAUACCACAAAGUGAGACAUAUUCUAGGCCUCAUCCAGAUCAUUGAAAACUUCAUAAAUUAGUAAGCGUUACAAACUAGUGCUUUAUAUAAAGUGCAUCCAACUACUGUAUUCCACAUAUAGAAAAGUUUAAAUAUCCUUCACAUAAUAAACCGUGUUUUAAAGAAUGUUUUCCUUUGAAAAAAAAAUAGUUUAUAUCAACUGUAUCAUAGUGUACUUCAUUAAAGUGAUCAGUGAUAUAUUCUUUGCAGGUUUCACAAACUUAUUGAUAAAUUAAGCAAAUCUAGGGGUGAUGCGCUCCAUACCGGACAUAUGUGUACGGGUGUUUAAGUGGGUUAAUCUGCUGUGCAUGAGUGAGAGUGAGCACCAAGUCCACCCACACCCUUCAAAACCUGUGAUACAGUCGAGUGUCCCUUGAGUGUUUGUCUGUGUGUAAUACUUCAGGCGUACAAAACUUAGUCUGAGGCCCAUUGUAUGGAACAGUUAUUAUGGCUGCUUACCUCUUGAACCUAAUUGCAGGACAUAUAAUUUCCAGUAACAGUGAUAAGUUGUAAGUAUAAUGUAUUACAGGUGUGUUUGAUAAAAAUGGCAGUUCAAUUCUUACCUGUAGGCAGCCACUCAUUUAGUCUUAUUAAAAGUAAGUAUGAUUUUAAGGUAUUUAAUCUAGUUUUAGCCACAGUAAUAAAAUCUCCACUAGUGGUGAGUAAAUCUCACUUGAACCUGUUCUAGGUUCAAAAUGUGGAACCUCCUGGGAAGUAGUAAUUGUUUGUAGCUGUGGACUCCUGUCUGAGAGUGACCUAAGGAUUGUUCAGAGUUGAUGUCAUACUCAUGCCAUAUCACCUGUAUUGCCAGAUGGGAAUCAUUUUAAAGGUCACACCUCUUAUAGUCAUGCAUUUGGCAAUACUGUAUAUCACCAACCUGAGCCAUUUUUCCCAACUCCAUAUUCCUUUGUAUAUAGUUCCAAUCUAGAGUAAGACACCUGUUCUGUAUAUUUUUAUGUACACUUCAGAACUAGGCGAGAAGACAAAUCAUACCAGUAAAUGCUGUAUGUAGCCUUAAGGAUCUGGAAUCUCAAGUGACUAGUGUACAGAAUACAGUCCCUCCAUUUUGUUAUGUUUCAGAAUAGAUACAGGUAGUUGUUUACCUUCAGUUAUAAUUCUGGUGAAAUUUUUAUUUCAGGAUCCUGUUUUUUCCUUCAGCUUAGUGUUAGUCAUUAUAUUAACAGGGUUGAUGACUUUUGUUACAGUGCCAAUUUAGUGCCAAGACAUUGUAUACCUUGUAAUGUUCCAAUAACGAAAAGUAUUGUGAAUUUUAUCUGCCAUGCACCAAUAUGUCUUAGUGCUAGUGUUCAGGUCACAGGUAAUAAAAUAAUUGUUGAAAAAAAAAAUAUAUAUAUAUAAUUAAAAUAUUAUGUCUGUAGACUUUAGGAUUGUGGGUUAAUGCACAAGAUAUUUUAAUUCUUAUAAAAAUGUAAAAAUUAAUUAUGAAAGUUUACAUCAAAUAUGUACUGUACAUAUUAUAUGUGCUAUUAUUUUCUUAGCACUAUCUUUGUGAAGACUAUACGGUAUUCAUGUAAGUUGAUAACCCUCAUUACUUGAAGAGGUAUGAAUAAAAAAAAAAAUUGAAAAAGAAAAUAAACUAGAAAUCAAUUGUGACCUGAACACCUGCAUCUGGACAAAGUAAGUCUCACAUUAAAGAUUUUUCACUCCAUGCUAGUCUGAAGUCAGCUUUUAGCAGGUGGUUUUCUUUGUUUCCUAUAUACAACAAUGAUAACAUAAGCAUAGAGGGAUCAGAAUGCUUGUUGAUAUUACAACCAAUUACCUUUCACACUCCUACUGGUUUAGGAGUGUAUGGAAGAUAUAGUGCUGUAUAGUAGUGUGUAAUUAAUUAUGUAGAAGUAAUAUUUGGGAAGAUGGUUACAUGAGGCACAAAAACUUAAUCAUCCAUAUAUGUGACAUUACUAGUUAAUUUUAAACCUAAAUCAAUCAGAUUAGCUUUUGCUGAGGUAAGAGUAGGGCAAUAAACCAUACUGCUAUCCCUUCUUAAAAUCCAUUACCACUGUUGUUAAUUACAUAUUAUUUUGUGUAUGUGUUUACUUGAGUAAGUCAUAUCAGAAUGAUAUUGUCUGUGGAUGUCAUCUGCAUUAUAAGAAAAGUGUGCUACCUUAAAUUCCUGUUUAUUCAACUUUUAACCCUUCAAUAAAGCUCAAUAUCAGUAAUUGAGUCGCAUCUAGAAACCAGAACCUCUAGUUUAUGUACAAAUACACUGUUGUGUAGAUGGCCCACUUUCUAAAACAACGCUGAUAAACAACAAUUAUAGGACUGCUGAACUUGCAAAUAAUUAGCUUUUCACAUACUGCAACUGCUGAAGUAAUUGCCUUAGCUUCAGUGUUGUUUCAGAAUAUGGGCAAUUGUCAUUGAGAUGUCCAGAUGUUCAACUGUACUUAAGUUUUUAUCCAUCUGUCCUUCAAUAAAAUUAUUUCCUGAGA